GAGAGGCCCCGGAGGACCGGCCUAAGCGGACGCGGGGACUAGAGCGGCCGCCGGCACCACCCGCCUUCAGGCGUACAACGACCGCGGCCCGGGGGCUCUGACUGGCCAAAGCGGCGGCACUUUCUGCGUGGCCCCGGAAGGACAUAAAGCGGAAGGCGGGAGAAAGAAGUAGCCGGCAGACGGAGGCAGCCCGAGGGGGCGGUUGCGUGUGUGCUAGACGUUCGUAGCCCACUGAGCUUCCUCACGUCGGUUCUCGCAGCGCCUAGCCCACCCAGCGGCCUCUCCUGCGCUUCCGGGGCCGUGGCGAGCUAGUGCGCCUGCGUGCCGGCCAAUCUGCGCGCCUUGCAGCUGUCCUUGCGUCGGCUGGCCGGACAGUUCUGCAACGCUUACCCCCUGGCCUCUCGGUUCCGCGGCGCACCGGAGGGCGGCAUGUCGCGGCGGCGGCACAGCGACGAGAACGACGGUGGGCAGCCUCACAAAAGGAGAAAGACCUCUGAUGCAAAUGAAACUGAAGAUCAUUUGGAAUCUUUAAUAUGCAAAGUAGGAGAAAAGAGUGCCUGCUCUUUGGAGAGCAACCUAGAAGGCUUGGCUGGUGUUUUGGAAGCUGAUCUUCCUAACUACAAGAGCAAGAUCUUAAGGCUUCUUUGUACAGUUGCACGCCUGUUACCUGAGAAGCUGACAAUUUAUACAACAUUAGUUGGACUACUGAAUGCCAGGAAUUACAACUUUGGUGGAGAAUUUGUAGAAGCCAUGAUUCGUCAACUUAAAGAAUCAUUGAAAGCAAACAAUUAUAAUGAAGCCGUAUAUUUGGUCCGUUUUUUAUCUGAUCUUGUGAAUUGUCAUGUGAUUGCCGCCCCAUCAAUGGUUGCUAUGUUUGAAAAUUUUGUAAGCGUAACUCAGGAAGAAGAUGUGCCUCAGGUGCGACGAGAUUGGUAUGUGUAUGCAUUUCUGUCAUCUUUGCCCUGGGUUGGAAAGGAGUUGUACGAAAAGAAAGAUGCAGAGAUGGACCGCAUCUUUGCCAACACUGAAAGCUAUCUUAAAAGACGCCAAAAAACUCAUGUACCCAUGUUACAGGUAUGGACUGCUGAUAAACCACAUCCACAAGAAGAGUAUUUAGAUUGCCUGUGGGCCCAGAUUCAGAAAUUGAAAAAGGAUCGCUGGCAGGAACGGCACAUCCUAAGACCUUAUCUUGCCUUUGACAGCAUCCUGUGUGAAGCACUGCAGCACAAUCUGCCUCCUUUUACACCACCUCCUCACACUGAAGAUUCAGUGUACCCAAUGCCAAGGGUCAUCUUCAGAAUGUUUGAUUACACAGAUGAUCCCGAGGGUCCUGUCAUGCCAGGGAGUCAUUCAGUGGAAAGAUUUGUAAUAGAAGAGAAUCUUCACUGCAUCAUUAAGUCCCACUGGAAGGAAAGGAAGACUUGUGCUGCACAGUUAGUGAGCUAUCCAGGGAAGAACAAGAUCCCCUUGAACUACCACAUAGUUGAGGUGAUCUUUGCAGAGCUGUUUCAACUUCCAGCACCCCCUCACAUUGAUGUGAUGUACACAACACUCCUCAUUGAACUGUGCAAACUUCAGCCUGGCUCUCUACCCCAAGUUCUUGCACAGGCAACUGAAAUGCUAUACAUGCGUUUGGACACAAUGAACACUACCUGUGUAGACAGGUUUAUUAAUUGGUUUUCUCAUCAUCUAAGUAACUUCCAGUUCCGUUGGAGCUGGGAAGAUUGGUCAGAUUGUCUUAGUCAAGAUCCUGAAAGUCCCAAACCAAAGUUUGUAAGAGAAGUUCUAGAAAAAUGUAUGAGGUUGUCUUACCAUCAGCGUAUAUUAGAUAUUGUUCCUCCUACCUUCUCAGCUCUAUGUCCUGCAAACCCAACCUGCAUUUACAAGUAUGGAGAUGAAAGUAGCAAUUCUCUUCCUGGACAUUCUGUUGCCCUCUGUUUAGCUGUUGCCUUUAAAAGUAAGGCAACCAAUGAUGAAAUCUUCAGCAUUCUGAAAGAUGUACCAAAUCCUAACCAGGAUGAUGAUGACGAUGAAGGAUUCAGUUUUAACCCAUUGAAAAUAGAAGUCUUUGUACAGACUCUGCUACACUUGGCAGCCAAAUCAUUCAGCCACUCCUUCAGUGCUCUUGCAAAGUUUCAUGAAGUCUUCAAAACCUUAGCUGAAAGUGAUGAAGGAAAGUUACAUGUGCUAAGAGUUAUGUUCGAGGUCUGGAGGAACCAUCCACAGAUGAUUGCUGUACUAGUGGAUAAGAUGAUUCGUACACAAAUAGUUGAUUGUGCUGCAGUAGCAAAUUGGAUCUUCUCUUCAGAACUAUCUCGUGACUUUACCAGAUUGUUUGUUUGGGAAAUUUUGCACUCUACAAUUCGUAAGAUGAACAAACAUGUCCUGAAGAUCCAGAAAGAGCUGGAAGAAGCUAAAGAGAAACUUGCUAGGCAACACAAACGGCGAAGUGAUGAUGACGACAGAAGCAGUGACAGGAAAGACGGGGUUCUUGAGGAACAAAUAGAACGACUUCAGGAAAAAGUGGAAUCUGCUCAGAGUGAACAAAAGAAUCUUUUCCUUGUCAUAUUUCAGCGGUUUAUCAUGAUCUUGACCGAGCACUUAGUACGAUGCGAAACUGAUGGGACCAGUGUAUUAACACCAUGGUAUAAGAACUGUAUAGAGAGGCUGCAGCAGAUCUUCUUACAGCAUCACCAAAUAAUCCAGCAGUACAUGGUGACCCUGGAGAAUCUUCUCUUCACUGCUGAAUUAGACCCUCAUAUCUUGGCCGUGUUCCAGCAGUUCUGUGCCCUGCAGGCCUAAGGGUCAUUUUUUCCUCAUGUCAAGAUUUUUUUUAAUAUCUUAAUUUGUUUUAUUUUUUGAUGGUUUGAAUGCUUGCUUUCUUGUAGUAUCCUUUCACUUCUUAAAGGAAACAAAGGGGGAAGAGGACAGUGAAUAAGAUGGCAUUACUUUUAAUUGCCCUGUAAAGCAAAUACUUCCUAACGGCAGUAAUGUGACUACGACCAUGAUGUAUUAUAUAUGUGACAGAUAAAACUUCUCUGUGAUCAGUUUGUUAUUUUUUUUCUCCUUAAGGCACAAAAUAAUUGGUUUGAGGUAUGUGAAACACUAGAGGUCAACCUUACAUAGUAUAUAGAACUGAUGGGUUUACCCAGCUACCCAGUAGCAUAACUUCUCACAGCUUGGGGAUGAAUUAACAUGGCUGAAAUAAAACUAAAAGUAUGGUUUUUAAA